UGCUUCCCUUGUACUAAGACUGUCCAAAAUAGCAACAAGAAAGCAUGUAACUAAAGACACAGCAGGAGUGUAGGAAUUUACCCAGGCCUUGGAUGUUGUAAAGAUUGAACAAUUCUUCAUUUCAAACCCUCCAAAAUGCUAAGCAUAAUGUAUUUUCUUCGGAGCUUCUUCAAGACCCCACAGCCAGUUGAAAACUACAUCAGUGAAGGAGAGUUUGAAGACGAUCUGAGUUCUUCUACCCCAAGCACAACGGAGCUGGAGGUCCGUGGAUCCAGCCAGGAAACAGAUGAAGAUUAUUUUGAAACCGUGUCACAUCAGAGUGGAUCUUUGUCAGAUGUAAAAACUGAGCCUUAUGAGAGUGCAUCAGACACAGAAUCCCUUUCCAGUGACAUAACUGGGAAUGCUUGCUCAGAUUCAAACUGCAUGUUUACUGAAAAAACCCCCCUGUGCUGUAAUCUUCCCAAAGAAAAGGCAGAAACCUCCCAUGAACUGAAGUGCUCCAGGCAACCAGAGCUCACCCAGCCUGUACAGCUAGAAUUGUCCUCCAAAAUAAAAGAAACACCAAGUAAAACUGAAUUUUGCAUCCAGUUUGCAGAGUCAGAGGGCGAGGAAUUGGGUGAGGAAGAGCUAACAUUAUCCAGUGAUAUCUCCCUCACAGAGAGCCAAGUCUGUGAAGAGAACAUUUUAUCACAGGCAGAGAGAGAGUCUGUAACAGCACUGCAGAGUAAGGCAGAGUUAGAAAGCAGGGAAGUGCAGUGCUCUACCAACUCAGAACUUACAAAAAAUGAUGUUGCAAGACUGAAGGAACAUCCUGCAGUAUUUAGCAUUGCUUGUUUCAAAGCAAACUCAGAAAGUUGUUUGAUUUUUCCUGAGGUACAGCAAUUUUCCUUCCGGUCAGAUGCAGCACCAAGCUGCAGUUUGCCUAAUCUUCAUUUUGAAACCAAUGGGCCUGACUGUAAAAGUGACACUGAGACACCUGCCUGUAAGUGUGAAUUAGAGUCUAUGUCCAGUAUAAAAUGCAGCAGGAGGAAUUCAGCUGACAGUGAGGACACUACAGGUAAAAGGAUAAAACAUGGAAGUACAGAGACCAUGUUGGCAUCAGAUUCACUCUUCUACCAGAGUUGCUUCAACCCAAAAUCUUGGUUACCACAAAAAAGGUCAGAGCUUACAGAAAGUAAAACGUGGCACAGUGUACCUGAAAAUAUCAGUGCUCAAAGGGAGACAGAAUGUGUGGUGAGCUGUAUUCACCCAACAGACAAAUUUAGAUGGUCAUGUUCCAGAAUACAUCUUCAAGAGCUGGAUUUUGAAUACACUUGGAAAAACUUAGGAAGGGUAACUGUAAGCCCUGAAAAGGCUGUAGAAAUAGAGGGCCAAUUUGGUAUAGAAAGAUCUCUUCUUGAUACUGACACAGACUCAGAGGUGUGUCAGGUUUCUCAACCCCUAGCCUCUCCCCAGUGCAUUGAUUAUUGUUUGCACUCUAAAUCAGAGACGUGUGGCCUUUCCCCAGAGCCAGCUGGUACCUGUGCUGACAGCUUAGCAUGGAGUGAUGCUUGUGAGGACAAUCUAAACCAAAAGGAGACAUCCUCUUCCCUGGAUUGUGAUCCAGGGAUCAUAGAUGCUGAGGAACUUACACAAAACAGUGAGUGCACAGCUGAAGGAGAUCUGGAAGAGAGCAGAUUCCCAUGUGAUAUUGACAUUGAAUUGGACACUGGUGACACUGAGAGCCCUGCAGCUUCUGAUGCAGGUGUUCCUGCUGCUGUGGAAAGCAGAGACUGGGAUUGUUCUGUAAACUGUGUUUCCAGUAGUGGAAUACAGGACACACAUUUGAAGGAGAAUGGCCUUGAAUCUGAGCUGUCAGAUACGGAGAUUGUGGCAGAAGAAAGAUGGGCAGAUGAUUCUCCUGAUCUUGGCUUUGGUUGGAAUGUCCUGGAAGCUGCAACACAACCAGAUGGCAGUGACAGAGAGGCAGAGCAUGGAGAGUCAGUGCAGCAAAAUGCAAGUUGCAAAACUGGUGCCUUGAGGAGCCACUCGGAGCUAGGAACAAAUGAACAUCCUACUCAUAAAGGAAAGGAUGAAGAGAGUGUCUUUGCUGUUGAAAGGACUCCCAGAUCAGAUGAUAUAAGGGAUGUAAUGACUACUCCAGAAUUAGAGCCUGCCCUAAUUAUAGUCUCUGUGGAAGAGAAAGGAUUACAGUCCCAAAUACUGAAUGAUAACCUUCCUACUGAAGUGGUAGCUGAAACAUUGGGAAAUGUAGUGAGCGAGGAUUUGAUGUCUCCUCAUACUGCCAGUACAGAUCAUGAUGAGCCAGAGAGAGUUCUGAGUGAAUGCUGUAACUGUGAAGAACUAAUUCUGGCCACCCACCCCAUUCCUGGCAGUGCAGAGGUACUUUCUGGUGGGGAUACAGCUGAAGUAAAAACAGAAAUUUCAGAAGAGAAAAGAGAGAAAACAGAAGUAGAUUCAUCCUUAGGGCUGACCUGUAGUAACUCCGUAGUAGAAAAUGCAAAAUUGGAAUUCAGGAAUGUUGCUGUAGCACUAGGCAGUGAUACACUUCCUGCAGAAAGCCAGACAGAUCCAUGUGAAAAAUCACUUGUAACAUCCCCCAGUGGAAGCAGUGUGAAGCUCUCUGAGGAUGAGCUCUGCAGAGCAAGGCCACUGGUGACUGAAGCAAUGACACUGGAAACCAGCAGCAGUGUAAGCAGUGUGUGCCAGGGAGGUGGUGCUGGUGGCAGCCUUGAAGGGCCCAGCACUGUACAAUCACAGGGUAGAAGUGAUGUGAUGGCCUUUGAGGAAGAGCCCUGCAGAACAAAGAGGGGUUUUGAAUUCAAGAGGGAACAGUUAGCAAGCUCAGGCUUUAGAAACCUUGGAAGAAGCAAUGACCAGGUGUCUAAGGAAGAGGAAUUCAAAGCACAUGAAAGCACAGAGGAAGGUUUGGAUAUUACCAGGGCAGUGACACUGGAAAUGAGCAGCAGUGUAAGCAGUUUGUGGCAGGGAGAUGGUGCAGGUGUCAGCCUUCACUGGCCCAGCAUGGACUCUGAACAAGCAGUAGGCAGGAGAGGAAAGGAAAGCUGUAAGGGCUCAAAGGAAGAAACAGCUAUUUGUGAAGAACCCUCUCCUAGGGAAGGAAAGGAAGGCUCUCCUGCAGAAGACACCUCUAGCCCCAGCAAAGACAGUGCACUCAGUCUGGAUGUGUCUGAUGUCUUUGAGUCUCUGAACAGGGAGACCCACAGCACCUUCAUGCUGGGCCUGGACAAUAUAAGCACCUGCAGCACUAACAGCGAGGAGCUGGAUGAGAACUCAUCCCACAUCCUGGGGAGUAACAGCAGUCUUCAUAAAGCUGUGCAAAAGCCAACAAAGAAUGAAUAUAGUGGGAAAUCUUCCAGGUUCUUAGUAUUCCCAAAAAUGACAUCUUUCAGGAAAACUAAGCCUGCCUCAUGGGAAAAUCAGGGCAGCAGCAGUAUCUUUGGCAGCAAGGUAAAGAUGGAAGAACUGGAUGUUGGUAAAGAUGAUGACGACACUGCAAGUUUACUGUCUUUCAAAAGUUGUUCAUCUGGUUUAGUCUUCCACAGGAAGGAAAGCUACACCUCUGAGUACUCCGAUGAUGAUGAUUUAUUUUAUGAGAGACCUGCAGGAUUUUUCAGAUUGAGCCUGAGGAAGGCCUCUGGUUCUGGUCGGAUUAUGAUGGAAGAUGCAGAUCGACAAGUUUCAGGUUCAUCUGAAAACAAUGACAGUGAACCUGUGGAGCAUUCAGGGAUUAGAAAAUCAUUCCCUGAAAACGAACACAAAAGAAACAAAACUCCUGAGAGUAAGAAGUUUAGGACAAGGUUGGCCUUGGCACACAAAUCCCUCUCAAGCUUAUUUGAGUCCAAAUGUCCAGAGAAGGAAAACACUGAGCAAAGCUCAAAAGUGUCAGUGAAAAAUGAAAAGGAGAAAGUCAAACUUCGCCAGAGCACCUGGAAAGCUUUUCUAAAGAGCAAGGAGGCAGAUGGACUAAAAAGGCCUGUCUUAAUAAGUUUAUCAUCCACACAGGAGGGUCUCAAUGCAACCAGUGGCCAUGUGUUAACUCCACUAGAGCGACAGUAUAGUUCCAACAGACACACUUUUUUAAAAACAGAAACAGAUAAUGGCUCCUCAACAGACUCCAACUAUUUUGACAGCUCUGUGGAGCCUGUUGAUGUCUCUUUACCUGCACGUAUGUGGAGAAGACGAGUACAGUCCCAUGACUUGGGGAUCAGAUACUCCCAGAGUUCAGACUGUGAUGAACAGCAGGAGGUUCUGAGCAACAGUUUAAAUACUUCUCUAGAGGAAUACUGGAUUAAAUCUCCAUUUAGCCCCCCUGACUUUCAGUUGGCAUUUAGUCAGUCAAGUCCAUCAUGUCCCCAGCUCUCCAAUUCUGAUGGUAAGGACAUGCCUUGUAGGCCCAUGAGUCCCAAACCUCAGAGUUCACGAUCCACUUCUCAGCACAAGAACUUCCGUUACCCCGGGCGCGUUUGCACCGCUUCCAUGAUCUCUCUUGGGAACAGCUCUGGAGUGGAAAGCAGUCUGGAGGCUCCUGAGAGGCCAAAGACACUGAAACCCAGAGGAAGUCUCUUACACUCGUUGGACGACUUCCAGAGGGAUGACAGUGGCAUAAGCAGUCAAUCCCAGAUCAGCUUAAAUACAGCUUCUUCCAUUAGUGACAUGCUCCGAGACGAGUUUGUAAAACAGGAGUCUAAGCAGCCAUGUCAAACAGCAGCUGGGAAGAGGCCAAAUAAGAAAUGGGUUCCCCAUCGCAAAAGGAGGCCCCCCCGGGUGCCAGCAUGCCCUGUGUCCACCCUGGAGAGCAGAGCCCGCAGGCUCUCCUUCCCUGCUCCAGAGGAAAAAGCCAAGGAGAUGCCAGAGAGGAGGAGGAAGAGACCCAAAGCCCUCUAUAAGUGCUUCAGCUUCGAUGAUGUUUGGAUGGAGAGGAGUCAAAAGAGGAAGCUAGAGAAGGAGACCCAGCCAGAGGGAGGGGUUCAGUUGCAACAUCUCCCACAGGAGCCCUCAAAAGCUGGAGUAAGUCCAUCCAUCACAUCUCCUGUUGCCUUUGACAUCCUGCCACUGAAGCUGCAUUCAUUUUCCAAGAGCACCCCGACAGGCCUGGACUGCGUGGGCUGCAAGCGGCGUGUCUCCGCUCCCGUGAUCACUGAUGGAGGCCUGGACAAGACAGCCCUGACGGACGAUGUGGGCAGCGAGGAGGAUCUGUACGAGGAUUUCCGCAGCUCCACCCACCGCUACGGCCACCCCGGGGGCGGCGGCGAGCAGCUGGCCAUCAACGAGCUCAUCAGCGAUGGCAGCGUGGUGUACGCGGAGGCGCUCUGGGACCACGUCACCAUGGAUGACCAGGAGCUGGGAUUCAAGGCUGGAGAUGUCAUCGAAGUAAUGGAUGCCACCAACAAGGAGUGGUGGUGGGGCAGGAUUCUGGACAGUGAAGGCUGGUUUCCAGCCAGCUUUGUUCGGCUGCGGGUGAACCAGGAUGAGCCCAUGGAGGAUUAUCCCCUGAAGGUGGAGGGGGGCAGAGAGGAGGAUUCCCGGCGCUUUGGGAUGGGCCAGACCACCAAGGACCAGAUGAGGACCAACGUCAUCAAUGAGAUCAUAAGCACAGAGAGAGACUACAUCAAGCACCUGAAGGACAUUUGUGAGGGUUACAUUAAGCAGUGCCGCAAGAGAGCUGACAUGUUUACAGAGGAACAGCUGAAGACAAUCUUUGGGAAUAUUGAGGACAUCUACAGGUGCCAGAAGAAAUUUGUUAAAGCGCUAGAGAAGAAAUUUAACAAAGACCACCCACAUUUGAGUGAGGUUGGCUCAUGCUUCUUGGAAUAUCAAACAGAGUUUCAGAUCUACUCCGAGUACUGCAACAACCACCCCAACGCGUGCCUGGAGCUGUCGCGCCUCGCCAAGGUCAACAAGUACGUGUACUUCUUCGAGGCCUGCCGCCUGCUGCAGAAGAUGAUUGACAUCUCCCUGGAUGGCUUCCUGCUCACCCCCGUGCAGAAAAUCUGCAAAUACCCCCUGCAGCUGGCCGAGCUGCUCAAGUACACCAACCCACAGCACAGGGAUUUCAAGGACGUGGAGGCUGCCCUGAAUGCCAUGAAGAACGUGGCUCGGCUCAUCAACGAGCGGAAGCGGCGCCUGGAGAACAUCGACAAGAUCGCCCAGUGGCAGAGCUCCAUAGAGGACUGGGAGGGAGAAGAUGUCCUAGUCAGAAGCUCAGAACUCAUCUAUUCUGGGGAAUUAGCCAAAAUCUCCCACCCUCAAGCCAAGAGCCAACAGAGGAUGUUCUUCCUCUUCGAUCACCAGCUUGUCUGCUGCAAGAAGGACCUCCUGCGCAGGGACAUCCUGUACUACAAGAGUCGGAUCAGCAUGGAUGACAUGGAAAUACUGGAUGUGGAAGAUGGCAAAGACAAGGACUUCAACAUCAGUGUGAAAAAUGCAUUUAAGCUGUACUGCAGAGACACUGAGGAAGUCCAUUUAUUCUGUGCAAAAAAGCCUGAGCAGAAACAGCGUUGGCUGAAAGCGUUUGAGAAUGAAAGGAGGCAGGUGCAGCUUGACCAGGAGACAGGGUUUUCCAUCACAGAGGUGCAGAAGAAGCAGGCAAUGCUGAAUGCCAGCAAGCAGCACCAUGCUGGGAAGCCCAAGGCUGUCACCAGGCCCUACUACGAGUUCCUGCUGCGGCAGAAGCACCCCACGCUGCCCAGCACACUCCCUCAGCAGCAGGUCUUCAUGCUGGCAGAGCCCAAGCGCAAGCCCUCGAACUUCUGGCAGAACAUCAGCAGGCUGACACCCUUCCGGAAAUAGGGGCAGCCCCGUGUUUGUGCCUGAAGCCCUUCUGAGAAAGCACUUUAUCCAUCACUCCUGGCAGGUGGAGCCCAGGUUCAGCCAGCCCUGUGCUAACAGAGGAUGGCACAGGUGCUCCUGCCUUCCCUAUUUAUUUUGCAGCCCAGCUGACCCGCUGGCUCCCAGGCGAGGCCGCGGGCAGCGGUGCCACGGAGCCAGCCCUGCCCUGCCCGGCAGGCAAAGCUCCAGGAGCGUGCAGCAGGGAGCUGGACAGGCUGCAGCCCGAGAGAUUUACCUUGUCAGCUGUACUUGGACUCACUCCUUCCUGCUGUGCCCACCACUGCUGGCUGGCAGCUGCCACAGGCAAGGGCAGCCGAUGGACCCGCUGGCCCCAUGGCCGCUGCCGUGCUCAGAACAGCAGCUCAGAGUCCGUGGUGAGGAGGGAUGAACCCUUCUGCUCUGCCCACCCCAUGCCCUGCAUUUCUCAGAGCUGUGAUCCUCCUCCACGUGUCCAACUAACUCAGCAGCCUCUGCAGGCCUUCAGAGCACAGUGAGCAGUGCACUGUGACCUCCUCCCUCCCUUUAGUCCUGCAGCACCAGUGAAAGGUGCCCUACAUUAAACUGUGCCAACCUGCAGCAUGAGUCAAGUCGAAGAAUCUCUCUAGUGGGUUUGAGUUACAUAAGUUAGAGAAAAAUGUGCCUAAUUAAUACCAUACUCAAUUCUUUAGAUUCUCGUCUCUCCAUCAUUCUGCCAUAUUUCCUGGCCAAUGAAAAUGCUCAUUGUUUGUAAUGUGUUUAUUUAUGGUAAAAAUCAGAACUGUGUAUUUUGUAAGUCUGUAAUUGUUCUUGUCAGAUGUUGUUAACUUGAUGCCUGUUUUGUCUGUUUAAUUUUUCUUUUCUUUUUUUUUUCCUUUUUUUAAAGAAAGGUCAAUAUUUGCAAACCUAGCUCCCAGAAGUCAGAGUCUGCUGUUCAACUCUGCAAUGUCAUUGUUAUGCAAACUCCCACAGACCCUCAAAUUCAAGGAGUGUUACUGACACUUUAAAAAUGGAAAACCACUUGAUAAAGGCCUAAAUUUGGCAUAAAGAGCCUCACUUUAAGGACCCAAGUUUCAAAUGGUGGCCAAAAAGAAUGAAUUUAAACCUUGGUUAGCAAAAAGAAAGAUUUGCCUUACCAUAGUGAGAGUUAGAAGCCAUACUGACUGAAUUCCCUAGAUUAGGAGACAUCCUCUGACAGUGGAAGGAAGACACUGGCUCAUUCCAACUCAAGUAUGAAUGAGCACUAACUGUCUGCAGAGCUCAGAAAUCCAGUGUUUGUUGAUGCUGUAGCUGACCAAAGUCUGGUCAUCCAGGGAUAUCUGAAUUCAGUAGCAUGUACAAAGUCCUUCUUGCACUAUAUCUUUCCCCCAGACCAGGGGCAACAUUUAAUUUCAUAAAGAAACUUGUAAAAGUGACUCUCAGCCUGUGUUUGUCUCCAGCCCGUCUAUCUGUGUGAAGCUGUUUCUUUCCAAAGUCACUGUGGGGAUUGUGCUCUUGCAGCUCCACCAGGGGCUGCUCAGCCACAGGGGCCCUGCCAGAAGGUGACCUCAGAGCAGCCAUCCCAGCUGUGGGGACACAGGGACCUGACCAGAGGGGUCACUCUCUGCUCUGGGGAGGACACUGGGUCAAUGCUGGGCAGGAGGGGGAGGCAAAAAGAAAAAAAAUAAAAAAAUCACUCUCUAAAAAUCCACUGAGAUGAGACAGUUACAGCAGUAUUAGCACAACAUACACACAGAGACACCAAGAGACAGACAUGGGGACACUGAAAGACACCCAGAGACACACAUGGCCCAGCAGAGACACUGAGGCACUGCCAGGUGUGUACAGACACCCACGGGGGGAGGUGGUGACCAAGAGACCCUGACACACACACACACACACACACACACACACACACACACACACACACAGAGCCAUGUCAGACAGCCAGAGACAGCCAGCACCACUCAUUAACAGAAGGCAAUUGUCAUUUCUGUGUUUACCCUAAGUGUCUGCACCCUCCUUUCCUUAUCCAUGGCAUGUUUGUUUUGAUUGGCCAGGAAGAAAAGCUGUUGGCACUGAAAUUAUCAAUUUUCUGAGCUUAUCAUCAGCUUUGUAGUAAGUGCAGAGGGGUAGAGGGGCAGAGGACAAUCCCCUGCCCAGCACAGAUACAGGAUCACACCCACACUGAACAUGGCCAGCUGUGACAGGUUGCUCAUAGUCUUGUCCAUUGCUGUCUGGAUUCACUCAAGGAUGGAGAUUCUCCUAAAACCUCUUUACAUCCCUCUCAAAACCACUCUGUCCCCAGUGUGAAGGAAGUGCUGACAUCUGCUCAGAGCUCCCCUUGCUGCAAUGUCUGAUAUGGUCUCAGGCAGAAUGCUGCUUAAUGUACUCAGCUUUACAUCUACAAUGAAGGCACUCUGGUAGAAAUCCUCACCUCUUCUCCCAGGGGAAAUGGGGUGAGAGUGGCACAGGACCCUGGAGUGCAGCAGCUGUGAAGUGCAACAACCCUGCCCUUCCUGGCCCCUGAAACACACACAAGAAUUGGCUGUUACUACUUACCUGUAUAGCAAUACUCUGAACAGUAAAUAUGCAUCAAGUGAUUAAAACAAUCACAUCAUUUAUCAGCUCUUCCAGAACUGGCUGCAUCUCUGACCAGUGUGCACAAAGGAUUUACAGAGACACUUUUUUUUACAGACAUUUCUGAAGUGCCAAACCAGACUUCUCUGGCCAGACAGCAUCCCAGUCAAUGGACAGUUAAUAACUUCUGGAAGAAUUCUACUCUCCACUUGACUAUCAGUACUCUUUCUAAAAAGUGUCCUCAGUUGAGAUUCUAGUCUUGCACAUCACAUUUGGAGCUAGGAUCCAAUCCCCUAUGCAAGACUGAGAUCAGGUAAAAAAGCUGCUCACACAAAGUGGUGGAGCUACAGCAGCAGCACAGAAAACAGGUAAGGCUCAAACCCAUAAACCCAUCGUGCUCAACAUGCCCACCCCACAGAUUGCUCUGAAGAGGAUUUCAUCACAAAAUACCAUCCUUAGUUUAACAGCCAGCACCACCUCCCCACUCUCACCAUAACCCUCGGUGUUUCCUGAACAAACUGUCCCAGAGCAGGUGUAACCUCCUUCGGUUUUAAGUGAUUAGAAACUCAGAGUCACCUCAUCCCCCAAGUUACUCAUUAAAUGGCAAAGGGCACCUGUGUGUGAGAUGGAAACAGAUUAACCCAGCCCAGAUUUCCCUGCUGCAUCUGGAUUUGGGCUGGAGUGGCUCCCAUUGCUCUGCCAAUGGGCAGAACUGGGGUGAACCCGUGUGCAGGCUGGGCUGGGCUGUGCACAGCGAGCAGAUCCCAAGGGCAUCAGCUGAACCUGUGAGAAUGGGGUUCCUGGCUGGCCAAGAACAGCUCUGACAAGCUCUCUGAGCUAAAUGGACAAGAAGUGCCAGUUCUACAAAAAGAGUCCAUUUGAACCAUGAAGAAUCAGAGCUGUGAGGCACCAGCAACCUUUUCCCUGGAGCUGAACCUUCAACAGGGGCCAGAAAUGUAGAUUUGCAUACAAAACAAACUGAAACUCCUGAUGUGAGUCUGAACAACAAUCCUUCUGGAUUUUAGGGUAGAACCAGCUGAACUCCACAGAAAACAGUUCUGCAUUGAGUUACAGAAAUAGGACAAAGAGAUUGAGUCAGGGGUGCUUUGGGAUAUUUUACAGGGUGUUGGCUCUAUCUGUUCCUCUCCUUCUUAGAUAUCCAUUUAGGAAGCUUCUUGUGAAAACAGCCAUGAUUCUUAAUGACCUAAAUCUGCCCAGAUUCUAUUUGGUGAAACAAAACACUGAAUUCUGUAAAAGAUGUCAAUCUAAUGAAAGAGUGAUUUCCUGAAGCUACCAGUGGCUAUUAAAUAACAUAGUCUCUGCUCUGACCCCAAAAAAAAGGAAAAAAAAAUCUCUAUUUUAAACUAUUACUUUAGAAUAUCUGAUUCAGACACUGUGGGUGUAUCCACUGUUCAAGUUCUAACAGCAUCAGAACCAGCACAAACUGUCUUUGUGCUAACUCAAAGUAAGAACUAGGUCAGUUCCCAUGGAGAGAAGAGUUCCCCCUAAGCAGCCUUUCCUGUCUCUCCUAUUCUGUCCAUUCCCUGAAGGACAGGGGCUGUCAGCUGGGGAGGAGCCCCUCUGUGUCCAGCAGAGUCCUUGGCUCACCACGUACACUGCAGGAGAUUCCCACUGUGCAGGACACUGCUCUGCAGAGCCAGCACAGCUCUGUCAUCCAGGAGCCAACCAUGUGCCAACCAUCUGCACCUGGGUGUCCCAACAGCUUCCCAAAACCACCUGAAAACUCUCACCAACAGGGAUUACUCAGAAUCCAGGCACCUGCCAGUAACAGAAGAAUCUCAGCUCCACACUGAGAACACUUCAUUUCUUGGGAUGCCAGAAUGACAGAAAUUAGCUUUUUUUAAAUAAAAAGGCCUUUCACCUGAUGUGUCAAAAUAGAAGGCUGUGCUCCUCCAGAUUUAUUGUACUGGAAGCACACCUUCAUGUAACAGCAUCAUUCAAGAAGCCUGUGGCAAGACUGGCAUGCAACCAUCAGUGUUUUGAACACGUACUGCAGCACUCCCCUCCCAGACUCUGAGCUGGCAGCACCUGGCAGGUGGGGCAGCAUCCAGCAAGUGCUGAUUCCUUCUCCAUUGUUCUUACUGCAGUUGUUUUAAUUCUCCUGGUAAUUUCCACCAUGUAGCUGCUCAUGAGGGUUAUGGGCACUGCAAAGCCCAUCUGGACUUUGGUACAACAGCAACUCCUCAAGCUUUAAGGAGGGAACUACUCACACCUCAUUCAAGUACUAGAGCCUCAGCCUGUGCCUGCUGUUGCUGCUCACAUUCUCUACCAAAGGAGGAGGACUCACCACUGCUACUGACAUCAGCAGUACCACGCUGGUACAACCCAAAACAUCAACCAGAAUGUCCUGUACCAGCCUACCAGCAGGAAUCCCUGCCCCAGAGCUCCCAGCCUAAGCAAAGCUAAGGGUCAGGUCUUCAGGUAAGUAAUGGGUUAAAGAAUAAGAACUUUGAUUGUGCAUAAACAUUACCUGGAAAAAACCCCAAGUGUUUUCAGCUGAUUUUAAGCCCCUGAAGACACAGUGGUGCUCUUUCAGCUGGACAGUGUGGGGAAGGAAUCAAUCUUGCAGGCUGCAGUGACCCAUCAGUGCAGCUCCUGUCACAGUGAGGCAGGGCAAGGUGCAGCCAGCAGUGUGACCUGGCACCAGACAGAAAUGCCUCCAGGGGACCAAAGCUCCAGGCAGCAGCAUGGAGUCUCCUCCUUUCCCCUCCAGGCACAUAGCUGCAGGCUCUGCAGAAGCCAAAGGGUACUCCUUCCCAGCCACACAGCAAUCCCAGCUGCCCUGCCUUGCCAUCAACACCUCACACCUUAUUUCUCCCAUGUGUCUCACACAUGUCCUUAACAAGCUACAUGACUCAAAUCCCAUGGCUUUGGCAGUGCUGGCACUUCUAGGAAAAAUGCAGGCUGCUUGUUCUUUUAGCUUAACAAACUCCUGUCAUCUUUCCCCCUGCUACUACACCCUUCCUCUCCCCACAUCCUGAGCUUCUCUUUUGCACAAGUUUGCUACCAAAGCAGCUCCCUGUUUCACAGCCUGUGCAAAUGAAAUACCUGUGGUACUGACCCCAGAGCUGUGUACCUUUGUGUGUGACUGCCUACAUUUACAGUUGUGAGAUGGGAAAUAAACAAGCUAUCAACUUGAAGUCUUGUAUCAUUCUGUAAUCCUCCCAAAAAGCAUUAACUACUGAUUAUAGAGCAGCUAUGGAACAGCAUUCUGCUUACAAGUUCCUUCUAUCCUUCCACACCUACUUCUUUUCCUUUUCUCCUAAGCAGCACCCACCCAUUACCCAGGCUGGAUAAUAAUUUAUGGCUUUUUUCUUUAACCUCCAGUAACCUGAAAUAAUAUACUUGCUAUCUAUAUCACACCAUCAAAAAAAACCUUAGCCCCAAAUCCAGCCAUGUGUUCACUGAAGCAGAGGGAGCUGCAUUUGAGCUCAGCUGGGCACUUCACAUGAUUACAAUUCCUACAAGGCUGGCAAAAACAAAACUUGGGGAUGGUGUGUUCCCCUUCCCCUUUCUGAAGCAUCAAUUUGCCCACAUACUUUACCUUUCUUGCCCAGAAAAGAAAAAGCUAUUGUACAACAUUACAAAGUCUAUUACCAUAGCCCAGAAAUUAAGGUCCAGCUGUGGUAUUUUAAGCUGACAGCUGAGCUGCUCAUUGUCAAGUUCCUUCUGUCACAUUUGAUCUCUUAGCCCACUGAGGGCUACAACUGAGACUCCUGUACCCAUGAGACUCAACAGCCUCCCCUCUGCAUCUGCAAUUCUCCCUGUGACACAACCCAGCUUCCCACAGCUGCCAAAGACUUCUGGCUGUUGUUUAAAAUAAACAUUAAAAAACUAAAGUCAUCUCAUGGCCUCCAUUCUGUUCUGGAUAAUUAAGACAGGAUAGCUAAUAGCCUGAUGGAUACUAAAAUAAAAUUCUGGAGUGCACUUAACCUCCUACACACAAGUCAGACAUUUUAUCCAUGCAAUUCAGCAACACUGACAUUUCCUACACACACAAAAAAAAUCCCAUCUAAAUAAAUACAUCAUUCCUGAUUCCAAGGCAGCUCACCAAUGAAACUUUCUGUUACCUGACUUUGUUUACAGCAAGCCACAGAGUUUAGAAUCUAAAGGAAGAUGUUAGAAACAGCAAGUUGUGGUUUGGCCAUCAUUAGUUACAGGAAAACUUGAAACUCACAAUUACUUGCCUGAUUUCUACCGAUCACUAACUGAGCAGAUACUUUCCUAGAAGGGGCUCUAGCUGUUCUCAGGGGUUCAGAGCUGCCUCUAAAAGAGGGAGUUCUUACCUUCACAGCAAGUGGAGCCACCUGUCAUUGAGGGGAGGGUAGCACACAUUAAUUACACUGCCACUGCAAAAUCCAUCUGGCAACAGGGAGAAGUCAAACCAUCACCGACCCUCCAUUUUGGCAGUUCCAUGGAUACAUUUAGAAGCACCAUGCAAGAAACUCUAUCUAGAGACUUAAGAGUUCAGUCCCAUGUCCUCGCAGGUGUUGAACACAGUACAAGGUCAGGUUUCACAGCAGCAGACUCCCAGGAGAACAGCUACAUUAGAAUCCUUCUAGCCUGAGAGUGCUCAGCACCAUUCUGAAGAACAGCUUUUCCCUUUAUAGCAUCCCAGAUUUCAGCAACCCACUGGUUGAAGAUUAUGAAUUUUCAUCAGCUGCAGUGCUCUGCAAAAAACACUCCCAAACCUAUCUACCUGUAACAUGAAAACAAUCCCAGGAUAACUGACCAACAAUUAGCUUGAGGAAAAACACACUGAAAAAAAAAAAAUCUGUCCAUGGCAUCCCUUGUACUCAGCUACAAUUUCAGAAGCUCAACUACUUAAAACUACCUGACACUGAAACACUAUUCCUGCAGAUUGAUGCAGUCACGUUGCACCUUCCUCUUCCACAUGUGUUGCUUUUUUCCAGAAGGUUAUCAGGUAAGUUAUUGUUAUUUUUGGAGACCUAAAAUAAAUGAAAAUAGUCAGUUAGUUCAAGCAGCUUAGUUGUUCCCCCAGAGCUUUACAACCACCCACACACUAAAGAAAUAGGAUAAUUACCCACACUUCACACCUACUCAGCUCUUUUCCUUCUGGGGAACUCUCAAGACACUGAUUUCUAACAGCUUUCUGCUCAGGGCUGUCACCUCUCCAAUCAAACAGCACGGUUUGGUAUGAAGCAAAUGCUCAAGUAUUGUCAAAUUUUACAUCUGUUCCAUUUCCUUUGUUUUAAGCUAUAAAAUAAAAUCUCUCAAACCCCAGAAAUGUCUCAAAAUGGAACAAGGCAGGGUCGGACAUCUUUACCACACUCUCAGACAGGACAGCUUAGGGCAGCUUAAUUCCCCACCGGGGAGCCUUUGCCACUGUGUUCUGUUAGGCAUCAGGAAACCUUACUGAUCACUCAUCCCAUUUCAGCAUUUUGCUUUGCUUCCAUCAAUCACCAGAUUCCACCAGCUUGAAGAGUUUAAAUGCACCAUACUGUUCUCCAGAACAGAAUGUUUUCUGGAAGGAUGUCACCAAAGACAGCAGGAAAGAAACCACAAUAAGCAACACAAGUCAAUCUUUAUUGAAAACUGAAGUAUUAAUACAUAACAAUUCUUGUUACAAUAAACGUGCUUUUAAGAAUUUAAACUUGAGCUCAUCUACUCAUUGAAUUGCAUAAAAAAUAAAAAAGUAUGAAUUUUCACAAUUGAACUGGCUCAGAAUGGAAUCUCCACUCUUUGUGUUGAUGCGAUAGUUCAAUGCAGGAGUGAGUGAUGCCUUAAAACUUAUUCUGGAAGACAACAUUGACCUAAACUUAAAAAAAAAAGUACCAAUACAACUGUUCCUAAGACAGUUUUAAAAAAAGUCAUAAAAAGGAAACCUGUGUCUAUUUCAUAACAAACAUGGAGAACUAUUACUGGGGCCUCUUGUACUUCCAUUGCAUGCACUCACUUUUUUAGAUCUUAAGACAGGAGGGCAGCCAAUAAUAGCAUUACAAUUAAAAAAACCCACUAACAAAUCCCUUCUACUUAAAACAAGUCUGUACAGCAGCCAGCUAAAAAAGCUUUCCCAGUUUGCCUGCUAAGUGCCCAAAAGUCACAAUCAGUUUAGAAAAGUCAUGUUCAUUGUCUUGAUGUUGAAACUUCAGAGCCCAUAAAUUGCCCAGAUGUAAAAGUCACAAAUGGACCCUUACUACAUGUGAAAUUCAGAUGUUUCAGUGUUAUAUGCAACCUGCACAAGAAAAGGUUUCUUGUCCCCACUGUCCCUCUUCUCUCUCUGGUGCCUACAGGACACCUUGCCUGCCCUCAACACCCUGGGCAGAUGCUGCAGAGUGCCCAGAGUCCUCCCAGCAGAUGGGAACCAGCUCAGCUCUGGGCCAGCCCUGCACAAACCACCCACCUGCUGCAGGUGCUCCUGCCCUGUGGCAUUUCACCUCCUCGUGUGAGGGGCUCUGCAGGAAGCCUAGAGCUGACACAACACAGGAUUAGAAACUGACACUUCUUAAUGAGAACAACGUGAGUGAGCUGAAAUGGCCAUGUCUUUUACAGCCUUCCCAAAGGCUGGCUCCCAGGGCUGAGGAAGCUGCACUGACACAAGCUGGAGCAGGCUGGGCCGUGUCCUAAGGAGCACUGCACAAACACAGCCCAGGCAGCCAUGGAGCAGGCACAGCCACAGGCUCUGUGCCAUGCCUCCAGCUCCAGCAGGAGCAUCACUAUUGCUCACCUUCCUAAGAUGGGAGGUUUCACACAAACAGGAGUGUGCUAACAUACAGUUACCACCCCUGGUAUGAGUUUGACCCUAGUUAGGUGGUGAUGUCAGACUGAUGUGCUGACCAAUUUGAGCAAAGCCACAUGCACAGCGUGGAACGCUGCUGAAGCACUGGGGAGUGAUUCCAAGUCAAUGCUCUUGCCUUGCUAGCCAAGGAGCAGUGAAGGCAGGGCCCUCCAGGAGAGCAGCCCAUGCUGAGUACCCUGGAGCACAGCUCUGUACCAUCAGCUCUCCUGACAACACCCAGACACGGUGGCACUGAUGGGUGGUGAUUUGCUUGUUGUUUGGUUAGCUUUAUCAGUGGAUGGAGCAAUACAAGGAAGAACUUCAAUGAAAAUGAAGGACUUUUUCACCUACAGCUGCAUCUAAGCAUUUAACUUGCAUAGUACACUCAAAAUGAAGCUUUCUUGAGCAGCAAUCCUGCAUGUCUCCUAGAAACUCCAAACAGGAGAGGGUGACAACAAGCAUAAGCAACAUCUAGCAGUAGGUUGUCUCUUUUCCUUCCUGGUGUUUAGUAAACCACCACCACACUGACUAGGGCUAUGUGGUUCUGGUGCCAAUUAUUAGCCAUUUUUCUUUUGCUGCUGCUACAUUUAAAAGACAUUUUCAUCAGCUGUUACUGACAUUGGGAAUACCUUGGUUCUUAAAAAAUACUUUAUCUAGACGCAACACUUGAAAUUUGAAUUAAAAAAAAUUCUUGGACUGCUCUUUGUUAUUGCUGCAACAGUUAUUUUCAGUUCCAGGUUUAUAGUAGUACUUUUUUCUUAAUCAUAUAAAGCUGCCAUAAAAGUUUUCUUUUUUUAAAGAGAAGCUUGAUCUGAAAUGUCUCUACUGCACCAGCUCUUUUAAUUUGCUGAGGAGCUUUGGUGCAAACACAUACUGCAUCUUCAUUUAUAAAGGAAUUCUAAACAGGGAAUGUUAUAUAAAAAGCAGGAGAGAAUGUUUCGUAAGACCCUCGCUGUGUAAACGCCUAUUUAAUGAUGUACAGUUUCCCCCACUGCAGUUUUAUAUCCAUGCUUUCUACUAUUUGCAACAAAAUACCACUGAGAUAGUUAUAUAUACACAUAUUCCCCCAUCCCCCUGCACUGUGCUUUUGGUUACUUUUCAGAAGAACUCCUGGAGACAAGCUCCAGCCUCCCAGUAGGAUCAGAAUCGCUCAGGACUGGAAGGUGCAGUACCUUUGGGAAAGGUACACUUUCUCCCUCCUGGAUGAAUCCCAUAAUGCAACUUAGAAAAAAAAGUGCUCAAGAAAGUGAGACUGCCUAAGUGUUAUGGAAUACUACACGGAGACCAAUUCCAAGAUGACAUUUAGGAAUCUGAAGUAAGAGCAAAAAUAUAUAGGAAGUUAUACUCAUUCCUUGACUAUUUCUCUAUUGCAGCAUUCAUGGAAGUUCUCUCCUAUGACUUUAGUUCAUGGUGAUGAGACAGGAGACAGCAAAACUUCCAGCCUGGCCUUCACAGCUCCUCCCCAACACAGCACUGCUCCAGCCCUCAGCUCCUGGUCAGGACCAGCGCCCUGCGUUGGUGCUCACUGUGCUCUGCCACACCUGACUGAUCACAGCUGCAAAUCUAACACACACAUGGAAUUGUUACACACACUGAACAAAGCAGUACACAUUCAACUAAGUUUGUCUUGGAUCAUCUUCUGCUCCAUAUAAAAACAUAUGGAAAUCCCUAAGUGCUCAUGAGUAAGGUUGAAAGUACUUAUUCCAACAACAUAGUUAUGUUCAAGGCAUUAGAAAUAAGGGGGCCAUCCACUGACAGUGAUUCAUGCAAAAUAAACCUAAACUUUAUUUAAAAAAAAAAAAA